AUGGUAAUUGACUUGGUGAAGACAUCGGUCAUCCUCUUUGCCACAAUCCUCAUUAAUCGGGUUGGGCAGUGGCCAUUGUCGAUGAGUAGCAUGGGUGGGGUGUUCUUCUCGCUCGUCUCCCUUGGGGUGUGCCUCGGCUUCAUCGAUCACAGCCACACGAAGCUCUCGUGGGCGGAAUUUAUACUGCCUGCGAAGCUCGAAUUUGCGCUCCGCUCGCUUUCGCUCCGAGCUCGCACCUUACGCAUUUCUCUCUCUCUCUCUCUCUCUCUCUCUGUUGUGGACGGCGUCGUUGGCCGGAGCUCCGAUCAGCGGCCGACGAUCCUGGUCACCAACGACGACGGCAUCGACGCUCCCGGCUUGCGCGCCCUGGUUCGCGCCCUCGUCUCCGCCGGCAGAUACCACGUCCGUGUCUGCGCUCCCGAUUCGGAAAAGUCUGCUGUCAGUCAUAGCAUCACAUGGCGUCAUCCUAUAGCUGUUAAGCGAGUAGAUAUUGAUGGGGCUGAAGCCUUUGCAGUCUCUGGAACUCCAGCAGAUUGUACUUCUUUGGGAAUCUCUAAUGCAAUCUUUUCUUCGGUUCCUGACCUGGUACUCAGUGGUAUUAACAAGGGCAGCAACUGUGGUUAUCACACAGUUUACUCUGGAACUGUAGCUGGCGCUCGUGAGGCCUUCUUUAAUGGUGUUCCUUCUGUCUCAAUGUCAUAUGACUGGGUUGGAGGUAAAAGCAAGGUUGAUGACUACACACUUGCUGCUGAGGCUUGUCUACCUAUAAUUGGUGCAAUACUCGAUAGGAUCAGAAACCACAGUUAUCCAAAUGGUUGUUUCCUGAAUGUAGAUCUACCAACAGAUAUUGCAAACCACAAGGGCUAUAAGCUGACCGAGCAGGGUAGAAGUUUUUUCGUGAUGGGAUGGAGACUGGUGUCCUCAGAAACACAAGGUGGACAAAUGUUAUCAACAAUGACUAUGGAUAAAGAUGUAGCAGAAUUGCCUGAUAUGGAUGCAUCAACUAUUUCAGCAGAACAUCGUAUGUUCAAGAGAGAAGUAAGGAAAUCUCAAGUUGAUGACAGCGAUAUGGAACACCAUUCUCUUCAAGAAGGAUAUAUUACCGUCACUCCUCUGGGUGGCCUUUCUCCUUCUGAGAAAGAAUUUCAGGCCUUCUUUAAAGAUUGGCUGCCUAGUUUGUCUGAACGCCCCUGUUCAUCAGCCUUAUAGUUCUCCAAUUUCCAUAUAUUGCUGAUUUUCUCCUAGAAGUAAAUUAUAUUCCUAAAAAUGGAUUGUUGCCGAUAGGUUCGGUGGUUUCCAUUGAAAGCAUCCUGAAGCUCUGUAAUCAUCUUAUGCUGCUUCAUCUCGUUAUCAUCCCUUGUAUACUGAGGGAUUCUGAGGGUGCAAUUAGUUUCUGGGAGAACAAUAAUCAAGAAUGUCUGCCUAAAAUGUUAUUCAGAGCACUAUCAUUAUGCAACCAUAUGAUGUGUGUGGAUGAUACUCAUCAGUGUAACGGCUACCUUUUUAUUUGGAAUAAUGUAAUAGCUACCAUUCCCCAAAA